AUGUGCUACCUCGUCUGCUUGUGCGCGCUCUUCGCGCCCGUCGCACAGGCGGCGAGCAACGGCAUGGACAUGUCCAUGGACGGCGCGAUGGACCUCGCCUCGGGCAACAUGCUCACGUAUCUGCACUUCACGCCCGGAGACGUGCUGUGGUUCCAGGGAUGGGUGCCCGCGAGCGCGGGGGCGAUGGUGGGGGCGUGCAUCGGGCUGUUCAUGCUUGGCUUGGUGGAGAGAUGGAUCGCCGCGGCGCGGGCGGUCAUGCAGGCUCACUGGGCGCACCGGGCCCGUGUCGUGCAACUGAAUACGGCCAGCGACGCUAGCCUGCCGACGACUACGUCGGACCGAGUCGACGGGAAAUCUUCAUCGCACUCCCUUACUGUGCCCGUCCUCCCUUCGACAAUCCCGCGCACUCUCGGCCUCCGAUCCGCUCCUCCGUUUAUCCUCAAACACGAGCUCCCGCGGGGCGUCCUGCUCAUGGUACAAAUUGCGCUGAACUACGCGUUCAUGCUCGCGGUGAUGACAUUCCAAUUGGGCUUCAUCUUCUCGCUGAUUGUCGGCCUUGGUGUUGGAGAGAUGCUCUUCGGGCGGUUUGGGUCCCACACUGUGUUGUGA